AUGCCUCUACCUCGUCACAUGGAUAUCAGCCGGGAUCAUCGACGAUCUCCCGCAUGUGCUCGAAUCCGCGAAUACGAUAAUUUUGGCCGGCCGAAGAUCUUCAGCGCUGUGCAACUCUCGAUGGCAUUGCACGAAGUGGCAUGUAUGACCAUAAAGAUGAACGACAGUGAGUCAUCCAUUCUUCACACGCUGGAAUUCUUGCGGUUGGAACAGCAUCAUCCCGUCUCUGGGAUGUACCAAUUUGGAAUUCCCAAAAUCACCUCGUCCUGCAUUUGUGACUGUGCUGGAGGUGACACGCCAUGUAAGAUGAACGAAUACAAUUAUCGGUAUAACAUUUACGACCGCUUCAAUAACCGAUGGCGGAAAGCCUCUGAAGAGGUGGUCGAAGUGCCGAUGAAUCGUGGCAUUUUCAAGUUCGACUUCAACAACGUGCAAAAAAUCGAAAUGGUUGUCUCAGGAAGUCGUCCGAAUAGAGAAGUUCAGCCAGGAAUGUACUUCUUCAGAGAAGGAACACAUGAGCUACGAGGGUUUGUACCGAUAAAUGACAUCGGCGAGAGCAGUUUGGAGAAGCUCGGUUGGAUGCGGUACGCAGAUGGAAAAUGGGACAUCCGAAACGGCCUGGUGAAAAUCAAACAGGCACAUGUGCAUAUGACGUCGGAGACGCGACCACACAUGCUUCGGCACAUCUCUCAGUUGGAGUCGUUUGAGGGAAUGAUCCAAGUAGAUCGUGAUAGCAAUCGUUACCUGAACAUCUCCUUCUUGGGAUCGAAAGGAACAUUGAUCGGGAACAUUUUCUCAUCAAAAAAGGAUCAAAUAGAUAUGGCCUUUUCAGUCCAAGUUGACUCGAAAGUGCAUCACUACAGAUCAAUUAUAUCGAUUCCAUCAUCAAUCAAUAGCAGUCGAUAUGUGUGUUUUCACCCAUCAGGUGACAUAAAGGGAGAAAUCUGCAAAUGGUUCAAAUAUGAAACUCAACGACUCAACAGCUACCGUGUUGCACAUCGUUGGCAAAGAGGUCAAGGAGAUUGUGGAGGGUGCAAUGAACGUGGUGUGGAGAGCUUCUUGACGUCGUUGGAUCCUCGCCAGUGGUUCAACGGCAUCUCAACACCGGUCGAGGCCUUUACAAUGGCCGUCGAAAUGGUCAUCGUCAUCUGCCUGGUGUUGCUUUUCUUCGCCAUCUGUACCAAAUGCCUUAUUCCCCUAGUACGAUGUACUUUUUCAGUCAGUAAAACGCCAAAGAAAUAG